AAGAGGAAGCGGAUUCUUGGCGAAGAACAUCCUGACACCAUCUCAGCCAUGAACAACCUCGCUGUCACGCUGGGCGAUCAAGGCAAGCUAGACGAAUCAAUUGCGAUGUUGAAAAACGUAUAUAGGGAGAUAACUAUGCUCCUCGGCAAUUAUCACCCACUUUCAAAGGUUGUCUGUGCCAAUCUUACCAAACGCUCGCUUGGACGAUUUGCCGAGUUAUACCUUCAAACUCCUCAAGAAAGUGAAGAGGAAUUAUGCCAGCAGACGCUGUCUGAUUUCGAGCAGACCUUUGGUCAUCAGCAUCCGUCUAAUAUUCUCCUCGCAAAGCUUAUCGCUGACGUCUACAAGGAUCAGGACCAGCUUGAUAAAGAAGAGCAGAUGUACCGCCGAGCACUUAAGUGCUCGGAGGACGUCUUCUCCCUAGAGAACUUAGAGAACUCGACCCAUUGUGACCUUGUUUCUAGUCUAGGGCAGCUUUACCUUCGCCGUGGUAAAUUGGCCGACGCUGAAGAGGUGUUUAGACGGGAGCUACAAAGAUAUGAGAAGGCUCCAGGCCUUGAGCACACAUCCCUGAUGGAUACUAUUAGAGACCUGUACAAAGUCUAUGUCCACCGUUGCAUUACUCUGCGACAAGAGCAGGGUGUACAGCAACGCAGCGCACUGAUUAAUCUGAACGACGACAUACAUGCUAGAGAUAUGGUUUCUGCCCUCACUAACCUUUGCAAGAAGUUUGGCACAGUUUGGCCCUCAUUUCUCAGCCUUCUUGGCCGAAUGUUAAUCUGGACUGGAAAGGACGAUGACGCAGUUAUUGCAUUCCAGCAUCAAUUUCGCCUCGCUGAAUCAGAACCAGAGCAGGGCGGGACCGUGUGCGACGGCUGCAGUAGACAGCUCUAUGCAGGCAUGCAGCGGUUUGUGUGCAAGACUUGCAUUGAUAUCGAUCUCUGCGACGACUGUUAUGCAGAUUACGAGAAAGAAGGACGCGAAACAGCCGAGAACUGCCAGGCACACACAUUUCUUACUCAUGGUGGUAUAGUUUCAUUUGUCGAGGUGGCGGACUCUAUUAAGGGGGCGACCGAGAGGACAGCACGUAACUGGAGUGGCGAUUUUGUAGGUGUUCUUAUGCUUAGCCAAGGUCGCUUGAACUCCAAGGACCCCUUAUAUUUUCUGGCACAAGGGGACACCACCAAGGCUAACUCCACGGAGGAAGGAUGGUUCUACCAAUCACGUGACAAGGCUGGGCUAGAAGAUGUGCUCGCCGUGCUCGCUGCGAGCAUGACGAGCAUCUUAGGAUAUAUAAGUACGGCCUCCCCGCACAUAACGGUCUCUGACCUUCUCCUCCUUCAUCCUCGAUACUCGCCUCCUAUUGUCCUGCUACCAGGCAGGCUGUCGGCAAGUAUCAUCUCACCGCAACUAGCACGAGGUAAACCCUUAGUGUCAGACCCUUAUGUCAUUUGGCUUUCUUUGAGUUACAUUGGACUAGGCUCUGAUGGCCUAGGUCCUAUAUAUCUCCAACUAGAUUGGUCUACUGUGAUAUCUCAAUCAAUUAAUACGACAUAUCCACACCCAUCACAGAAUAUUAGCAGCACAAAUUCAAUUAAUUCUAUCUCUUACCAGAAUUCAGCAGGACGUAAACACGAUUCAAGUUUCUGUGUUGAAUUACACCUAGCACGUUCUACGUUUGCUCAUAAUUCCCCCAACUCCUAUCAUCUUCUACUUAGAUACUAUACUUCAUUCCUAAUCCACAUCCUCCUCAUCGUUUCCUAUCCUUUUCAUCAUGAUCUCAUCGCAUUAAAUGAGAGAGAAAUAGAGAGAGACAACUUCAUCCAAGGGUAUCAGGCGCCAAAAAUGGAAAGGCCAAAAGAGAAAAAAAAGAGAUAUAGACUCAACUCCCCCGCCCAUGCCCGCCGGUCCGAAAUCAUAUCAUUCCACAAACAUAUAUCAAUCUGA